AUGCUUUUCUCCAACAUCUUCACACUGCUUUGCCUAACCUUAGGCGCUACUGGAGCCACGACUAGAAGAAGGCCCACUGCCGAAAGAGCAACCUCAGCUGCAACUGCGGCUGCAACAACUGCUCGCAGCACACGCAAUUCAUCCCGCAAGUCCAGUACCAGCAAUCCAACCAUCUCCGCCUUCGUCCGUGCCUACACCGCAGGCUGGAAGGCCUCCGUCAUCGAUGUAUCCGCAUGCGAGACAACCUUGCAGCUCGAGUGUGAUGGUGCAAACAAUGAUCUUUGCAAAGCCGAUUCGGGCAUUACGGUAGCAGCAACUCAAAAGCCCGGCUUCUACGUGCUCGACUACACCACGCCCGGCACUAGGGUUAUUGAUGCUUGCGCUCUUACGACCUCGAGCCAGGCGGUUUGCACGGCGACUGUCAUUGCUAAUGGCACGGGGACGAUCACCGACGCUCCUGUUACGAGCACUAGUGUAAUAUAUGCUAGGAUUCCGGUCACGGCGGGUGAGGAUAGGCUGCGAAGUGCUGGUGCGAGCUGUACUGCCAGUUCGAACGCAGCUGUGCCGACUGGGGUGAAGGGCUUAGUUCUAUAUCAACUUGUUGCACCGCUGGGUGCGGGUGUUGUUGCUGCUUUGGCGAUCUGA